UUUCGCGCCAAAAAUGAAAAGAUUUUCGUCACUGGUGUAGUUCCUGUCAGAUUUUUGCAGUAUCGUUUGAAUUUUCCUCAGAAAUGGUGCUGCAGAACAGCGGCAGAUAUGUCGCUGACAAGGAUGGAGGGUCUGGUUAUUCUAGGGGCGAUGACUCGGACAAGCGGCUGGAACGUUCCAUUCAGAGUACAGAGAUGGACUCACGUUUUGGGUUUGACUGUUACAAAGAACCAACUGAACGUGUGGGCUGGCUCAUUAACAUGCACCCUGCUGACAUUUUGGACGAGAACAAACGACUCAUCAGUGCCGUGGACUACUACUUCAUACAGGACGACGGCAGCAGGUUCAAGGUCUCCUAUCCUUUCAAGCCGUACUUCUACAUUGCUGUAAGGAAGGACUGUGAGAGAGAGGUGUCUUCCUUCCUCUCUAAGAAGUUUGCUGGCGUCAUCUCAAAAGUAGAGACAACACCGAAGGAGGAUCUAGAUCUGGCUAACCACUUGGUGGGACUAAAGAGGAACUACCUGAAGCUUUCCUUCCCUUCUGUGAAUGAGCUGAUGAAAGUGAAGAGGGAGAUUUUUCCAGCUGUGAGAAAGAACAAAGAGAGAGACAAAGCCAAUGAUGCUUACACCCAGAUGUUGGCAAGUACAUUUGGAGGUGAGGAAGAAGGAGGCUCCACAUCAAAGAGAAUCGCAGACCAGAUGGAAAACAUCAUAGACAUCAGGGAGUACGACGUGCCAUAUCAUGUCCGCGUGGCUAUCGACAUGAAAAUCCAUGUGGGCCAUUGGUACUCUGUGCGAGGCCGAGGUGCACUUCCACCAGAAAUCACUAGGAGGGACGACCUGCUCGACAGACCUGAUCCGAUCGUUUUUGCCUUUGACAUUGAGACAACCAAACUCCCCCUGAAGUUUCCUGACUCUGACACCGACCAGAUUAUGAUGAUCUCCUACAUGAUUGAUGGACAGGGAUACCUGAUCACCAACAGAGAAAUAGUAUCAGAAGAUGUGGAUGACUUUGAGUACACGCCCAAGCCUGAGUAUGAGGGGCCUUUCAUCAUAUUCAAUGAGGCAGACGAGAUUCACACCAUCCAGAGGUUCUUUGAACAUAUCCAAGAAGUACGGCCUAACAUCAUCGCAACUUUCAACGGAGACCUGUUUGACUGGCCCUUUGUUGAGGCUCGAGCUGCUUUCCACGGUAUAGACAUGUUUCAGGAAAUCGGUUUUCAGAAAGACAACCAGGGAGAGUACAAGUGUAGACACAUUAUUCACAUGGAUGCUUUCAGAUGGGUGAAGAGAGACAGUUACCUUCCUGUGGGGAGUCAGAACCUGAAGGCCACCACCAAGGCCAAGCUGAGGUACGACCCAGUGGAGCUGGACCCUGAGGAGAUGUGCCGCAUGGCCAACGAACAACCACAGGUGCUGGCUAACUAUUCAGUGUCGGAUGCUGUAGCCACAUACUACCUGUACAUGAAGUAUGUGCACCCCUUCAUCUUUGCUCUGUGCACCAUCAUUCCUAUGGAGCCGGAUGAGGUGUUAAGAAAGGGCUCUGGAACUCUAUGUGAAGCCUUACUGAUGGUCCAGGCUUUCCAUGCCAAUAUCGUGUUUCCCAACAAACAAGAGGCCGUCUUCAACAAGCUGACCAGCGAUGGACACGUGCUGGACUCGGAAACGUACGUGGGAGGCCACGUGGAAUCUCUGGAGGCCGGCGUCUUCAGGGCUGACCUCCCCUGCAGAUUCAGAAUGGUUCCUGAAGCAUUCCAACAACUUAUAGACAAAGUAGAAAGAACCAUGAAGUUCAGUAUUGAGGAGGAAGAGGGCAUCCCUGUGGACCAGGUAACAAACUUCGAGGAAGUUUGCAACGAUAUCAAGCGGAAGCUGGCGGAACUACGUGAUACGCCAUCACGACUGGAAAACCCCAUCAUCUACCAUCUUGAUGUCGGUGCCAUGUACCCAAACAUCAUUCUAACUAACAGGCUACAGCCGUCAGCCAUGGUGGAUGAAGUGACGUGUGCAGCCUGUGACUUUAACAAACCUGGUGCCACCUGUCAGCGCAAGAUGGAAUGGACAUGGAGGGGAGAGUACAUGCCAGCUAGUCGCAACGAGUACCACCGCAUCCAGCAACAGUUAGAACACGAGCAGUUCCCCCCGUUCAAACCCGGCGGGCGCCAGCGUGCGUUCCACGAACUCACCAAGGAAGAACAGGCCGGCGCCGAGAAAAAACGACUUGCUGACUAUUGCAAGAAAGCCUACAAGAAGGUCCACGUAACACGAGUCGAAGACCGCGAGACGACAAUCUGCCAACGAGAGAACUCCUUCUACGUAGACACGGUACGGGCGUUCCGCGACCGGAGGUACGAGUUUAAGGGGCUUCUUAAGGUGUGGAAGAAGAAGGUAGCCGAGGCCCUUAAGAAAGGUGAAGCCGCAGACAUCAAGAGAGCGAAGGGGAUGGAGAUUCUGUAUGACUCCCUACAGCUGGCACAUAAGUGUAUUCUCAACUCUUUCUACGGAUAUGUCAUGAGGAAAGGUGCACGUUGGUACUCCAUGGAGAUGGCAGGUAUUGUGUGCCUGACUGGAGCCAGGAUCAUCACCCAGGCCAGGGAACUCGUGGAGCAGAUUGGACGACCCCUUGAGUUGGACACAGACGGAAUCUGGUGUAUCCUCCCAGCUAGUUUCCCAGAGAACUACAUCAUCCACACCACAAACACCAAGAAACCCAAAGUCACCAUCUCCUAUCCUGGAGCAAUGUUAAACAUACAGGUUAAAGAUGACUUCACCAACCACCAGUACCAGGAGCUGGUCAACCCUGCAACGUUACAGUACCAGCAGCGCAGCGAGAACUCCAUCUUCUUCGAGGUUGAUGGACCGUACUUGGCCAUGGUGUUACCAGCAUCCAAAGAAGAAGGUAAGAAGCUGAAGAAGAGGUACGCUGUGUUCAACUUCGACGGCACGCUGGCAGAACUGAAGGGUUUCGAGGUGAAGAGACGAGGCGAGCUUCAGCUGAUCAAGAUUUUCCAGUCGUCUGUGUUUGAGUCGUUCCUGAAGGGGUCAACGCUGGAGGAUUGCUACGCCUCCGUUGCCACGGUAGCAGACUACUGGCUAGACGUGUUGUUCAGCAAGGCUUGUGACAUGCCGGAUGAAGAGUUGUUUAACCUGAUCUCGGAGAACCGCAGCAUGUCCCGUAAACUUGAGGACUACGGUGAACAGAAGUCUACUUCUAUCAGUACUGCCAAGAGGCUGGCAGAGUUCCUGGGAGACCAGAUGGUGAAAGACAAGGGUCUGAGCUGUCGGUUCAUCAUCUCCAGAAAACCUGAGGGUGCUCCUGUCACUGAGAGAGCCAUCCCACUGGCCAUCUUCCAGGCUGAGCCCAGUGUGAAGAAACACUACCUGAAGAAGUGGCUCAAGUCCAACUCCAUCACUGACUUUGACAUCAGAAAUAUCCUGGACUGGGGCUACUACAUAGAGAGGCUGGGAAACACCAUUCAGAAGAUCAUCACCAUCCCGGCAGCACUGCAACAGGUGAAGAACCCAGUGCCCAGAGUCGCUCACCCUGAUUGGCUUCACAAGAAGCUCCUGGAGAAGAAUGAUGUCUUCAAGCAACAGCGAAUCAGCGAGAUGUUUGCUCCUCUUCCGAAGAAAAGGAUACAGGAGGAGGAUACUGCAUUUGAAGAUGGUGACAACAGUAACGAUGGUACAAGUAACAACAUAGCAGACAUGGAGGACAUGGCUGGUCCCAGGACGACCGGUCACGGCGUAACGGUCGCGGUGUCGAACAAGCGCAAACGGGACAGCGGUGACGACAGGGUCGGCCAAUCACAGGAGGACCUGGAACUCACGCAGUCGUGGCGGGAAAUUCUCGGACCUCCGCCACCGCUGGGAAACACAAGGGAAGAGAAACUAAAGUGGCUUGACUACCACAAGAGGAAGUGGAAGCUGCAAGCGAAGCAGCGUGAUGCGAGAAAGCGCCAGGACAAACGGCGUAGACUGGACGACGGCGAGACGUCCGGCGCCGUCAUCAGGAGCAGACCAACCACAGGGCUCGGGGGGUUCCUCCGCAAGACCGCUCGCUCUAUGAUGGACAUGCCCUGGCAGAUCGUACAGUUGAUGGAGACAGACACCCCGGGACAGUUCAAACUCUGGGCCCUGAUUGGUAGCGACCUGCAUGCCAUCCGCCUGAACGUGCCGCGGAUAUUCUACGUGAACCAGCGCGUGCCAAAGGAGGACAGUGAGGGCGGAGUGUGGCGGAAAGCCAACCGUACCCUCCCCAGGUCCAACCCUGUCUAUAACCUGUAUGAGUACUCUGUACCUGAAGAAACGUACAGGGAGCACAUGAAUGAGAUUACAGCUGACCUGUCUGCACCUGAAGUGGAGGGAGUUUACGAGACCCAGGUCCCACUGACCUUCCGAGCACUGGUCAGACUGGGCUGCAUCGCAAUGGUCAACAGACAAUAUGCCAGAUACCUGAGAGACAGAGACAUGGACAACUUUGACCUUGAACACCUGGAGUUCAAGACGGUGGCUCAAGUGGGGACAUACCUACCUCCUGGGUGUAUGCGCCAUGUCUUCUUGUACCACAACAUGUCCCACCAGAAAGCCAUGUUUGGAGUGUUUUUCCCGAUGGCUGGCCGUGCUGCAGUGUUUGUACUGGACACAGUCCGCAGUAACCAGAUGCCAAACCUAUCCGCCAUGCUGCAAGCCGAGUGCAAUGCCAGGCUUGCCAAGGGUACAGAGGAGGGCCUGUUGCCAUUGUCAGAGCACCAGUUUGAAGUAAAGUGUGAAACAGAUGCACAGAAGAUCUACAAGGCCAUACAGAGGAUGCUCAGGGCAUACAAGGAUGAGAAGAGAGGUCCAACCCUGAUGGCUGUCCAGUCUCCCUAUGACCUUCAGCACCUGGUGACAGCCAUGCCAGGACUGGAUGACUUCCCUCUGGUACAGAUGCACGCCUCUGAACCUGACAACCUGUUCUCUGUCCUGGACUGGCAGAGACAGGUCUCUCGCAGAAUGCUUCAACACUAUGUGUACAUGGAGACUAGGCUGCAACACUUGACGGAGUUGGCUGCGUACUUCCACGUGCCUGUCGGUAACCUCCCACAGGACACCAGCCUGUUCGGUGCAGACCUGUUCUUCGCUCGCCACUUACAGAAACACAACCACCUGCUGUGGUGCUCGCCCAAUGACAGGCCGGAUCUGGGAGGGAAGGAGGCAGACGACAAUAGGCUUGUGACAGAGUUUGAGGAUGCCACUAGUGUGGAGCUGAACAACCCAGGCUGUUACCACACUGUGUGUGUGGAGUUAGAAAUCUCCAACCUGGCUGUCAAUACCAUCCUACAGUCCCAGCACAUUAAUGACAUGGAGGGAGGAGCAGGGUCCAGUAUCAGUUUUGACACCAUCCAGCAGCCCUUCUUAGAGGAGAUGAUAGCAGGCCAGAACACUCCAGGAGCAAACCUGGCCAGCUAUGAUGAGACAGCUCUGUGCUCUGGAACGUUCCGUAUCCUGAAGAGUAUGGUGUACGGCUGGCUCCGGGAUGUCACACAGUACAACAACGUCUAUGCUGACUACCAGAUCAUGCAGUUCUACAGAUGGCUGGGCACGCCGAGUGCGACCUUGUAUGACCCUGCGUUACGCCGCACCCUACACACCAUGAUGAAGAAACUGUUCCUCCAGCUGGUCUCCGAGUUCAAGCGCCUCGGAUCCAUCGUGGUCUUCGCCAACUUCAACAAGAUCGUGGUGUGCACGAAGAAGCGCCGCGUCGAGGAUGCUCUGGCGUACGUCGAGUACAUCACCAACAGUAUCCGGUCGCGUGAGCUGUUCCAUGGAGUGGACAUCACCCCCCAGAAGUGCUGGGACAUCCUCAUGUGGCUGGAUCCUGCGAAUCAUGGAGGGAUGAAGGCAGAAAUCCCCAAGUCUUUCCUCCAAGGGGAGGAGGAUGGACAGAAUGGGGGAGAAGGGCAGGAGAAAGAUGGAGAAGACGCUGAAGAGGAAGAAGAGAACAAUGAUCAGGAAGAGGAAGGUGUCAACCUCGCUGAGGAGGAUGAAGAUGAUGAACAGCCUGUAGAGAUGAACUGGAACCUGAUGUACUAUCUGCCUGAGGCAGCGGCCUGUCAGUACAACUUCAGCAUGGUGGUGGCAGGAUACAUCUCCAACCUACACAAACACAUGCAGGCUGAGAACAGGAGAGCCAUGCCUGGGAACACUCCUGUCAGGAGGAGAGGAGGCAGUCAGAGUCAGACCCAGGUAGGAGACUCCUCCACCACCCCCAGUACUGUCCACUAUGCCCAGGAGCUGGUCGCUGGAGAGAUGGCUCAGAAACUCUACGGAAUCACUCAGAAAAUCCACAAGAAGAUAGCAGGAACCCGGAGUAGAACUGACCCAGCCGAUGAGUUCCCAAGUCUGCCCGGCUCCCACCUACCGCUCAACAACCCUGCUCUGGAGUUUGUCAAGUCUAUCUGCAAGGUCCUCUCUCUAGACUCUAACAUAACAAACCAGGUGAACAAACUGCGCCGAGACCUCCUGAAGCUGAUCGGAGUCGGUGAUUUCUCCGAACAAGCGGAGUUUAAGGACCCUUCCCUGUCCUACAUUCUCCCUGAAGUCAUCUGCAAGGUUUGCAACUACUGCCGUGACAUAGACCUGUGCAAGGACCCCCUACUGGUCCAGGAUGGUACUGCAGCUCCCUCCUGGCAGUGCUGCCACUGUGGCAGUCAGUAUGAUGUGGACGCCAUUGAGCACUCACUGGUCAACUCACUCCACAAGAAGUCCAUGGCUUUUGUGCUGCAGGACUUGCAGUGUCUGAAAUGCAAAGGGAUCAAGGACCUAAACCUCCCCAUCUACUGCAAAUGUGCAGGGGACUUCACCAACACUAUCGGAGUGCAGCACUUUGCAGAGAAGCUGCGAAUAUUCCGCAACAUCGCUCGACACUACAACAUGGCUGUGUUAGAAGAUACAGUAGAGUGGUUCAUUCAAAUGAAUCCCCAAAUGGCUACUUAAAGGAUAAGAGAUUUAGAAAUGAAGUUACAAAAUGUAAUAGUGUUUUUGAAAUACACAACCCAGUGAUUUAAGAGAUAAAUCCUUGAAAAGUAUAUGAAACAGUUGAAAACUCAAUCAUAGAUAAAAUCUAUGUCAACUUUGUUGGCAAAGAAAAUGCAUUUGUGUGAAAUUUUGAGAAUAACUUUGUAUUUACUAAAAUUCAUG